GUCAUUACUGAGAAUAACUGCCAUAAUGAAAAGGAAAACAUCCUGUUUUAUCUUUCCUGCAGACAAGAUUACAGUGUGCAUGAGAUGGCGAUCUUUGUGCUAUUGCUUGGCCUCGGGGUGGUUCUCAUAGCGCCUUCAGAAAGCACGGUGAAGGGCAUCAGAGAAAAAUUUUCACAGGAGGAGACGCAUCCUGCUGCAAAACAGACUCUUGGGGAAUCAGUGAACUCAACCCUGUCAGAUAAAAAUAUCAGCCUCAGCAUAUCCAAGAAUGGGAUGGCUACCUCACCCCCAACAUCCAGAAGGUUAUAUUUCCUCAUCCCCAAGGGAAACACUUUGAGUAAUGACCAAGACUGUCUAAACGGCCCGAGAGUCUGCAGAGAGGUUUUAGACACGAAUGAGUCGUGCCAGUUGGGUAGUAACUUUAGGCACGGGUCCCCCAAUGGGAUACACGGAACUCUCAAGGCCACCCGCUGGAAAUGUGGCCUAAGCUCCUGUGAGAGCCUAGGACUGGAGCACACCAUGUGCAAGGUCACUGCAGGCCAGCGGUGCCCCAGGUGCCAGGAGCACAGUGUCACCUCCUUAAAGAGAAUCUUGACAGUGCUGACAAGCCACUCCCUGAUGAGCUGGCUAGUCAGCGGCUCUAAAGUGUAAAUCGCGGGGCUUUGAGGGUAAAGAAGGACAAGUUCACGAUCAUUGCUGCUUCUACCCUUCUGCGACACACGUCUGUCCCCUGGUACGCAGUACACACUGUUUGUGCUAAACUGGAUAAAUGGGGGGAAAUGGCCCAGUGCAGCACAAGUCAAUUAAGAAUUGUAACUGAUCCUAGAAUCCAGACUCACGCUCUUGCUCUCACUCUCUCUCUCUGGAUGCCUUCCUAGUUCAGUUAUAAAGCUGUCCCAACGCUGAGUCUAACCCAAGUGGACAAAGGAAAGAAACUCCAAGUCAGAUAGUGAAUGAGGGUGAGACGUAUACUCAGUGCUGUUCCUCCAAGAAGUGUGAGCAUAAGUGUGAGCAUAUGUGUGUGCCUGAGUGCAACUGCCUCCCACCAGUGGGUUGGUUGCCCGUCCUCCAGAUGUCUCUGCAGCACUGUACCAUCUGCAUUCCUCCACCAGUAUUCCUAUCUCAGGGCUGCUGCAGAGAGAUGAAACACAGCUCCUCUCGCAGCCAAGCAACGUCUUGCUGCUCCAGAACUUCGCCUGCGUAGUGGCAAACGAUGGGAAAUACAGGAGGUAGCGACGGAAAUAUGACGUUUCUGCCGAGUUCCAGGCAGGGUUGUCUUCGGACUUGAUGCUUUCUCUGCCAAUUUUAAGUCCUCGGAGUUAACAGAGCAUGAAGCACAGACAGUUAUCAUUAUUUGCUGUUGUGCAAAUGUAUGCUCCUGUUUCCCCUCUUAUUUCUUUCCUGCAUCCCGAUCCCACUCUUUUUUUUUUUAAAUGCUUAAUUCUAAAUAAAUGCGUGCAAAUGAAGGCCAUGUUGUUGUAAUGUUUUUCUUGCAGUGCAUGGUUCGUUUUAUCUUGAUAUUCCCAAUGUUUUUACACUGAUACAGAAUUCUCAGACUAUGGAGACUACAAGAGGCUGACAGUCAACCAGUACAGACCAUUAGAACAACAUUUGACAUCUGGGGGCUUUUUAACUGGAUUCUCUUUGUCGGCAUGAUGGCUGCUUAAACACUGCCCACACUCACUGUUAGUUUGGGUCACUGGUAUACAAUCAGAGUUCAAUUUGUAUUUGGCAGUAAGAGGAGAGUGACUUAGGGAAAUGCCUGGGUUCUGAACAAUAAAUGAGGAUAUAGGUUGGCUGAGGUGCUCGCUCAGUGAGUCCAUUCUAGGGUCAUUUUCAUGUGGCAGGUCUGAUACUACACUCAUUCACCACAUAGAAGAGUGGAUUCUCCAACAGCCCAAGUUGUCUCUUCGUGGUUCACAUUCAGUUCAUAUAUUAGUAACUUCAUUUUUACACCAUUCAUUUAUAGUAGAGGGGCCAGUCAGCCCUAGGGAUAACUCGCUUUUGUUGUUUUAUUUUGUUUUACAAUAUGCAAGAAGAAGCCAACCCAUCUUAGCACGUAUUGCUUCUCUCAUCAGGAAAGAAGAGCAAAGACCCAGGACAGUAGCUCUUUUUCAGGCUGGGAGCAUCUUCCAGAGAGGUGUGAUCAAGAACACACCAUCCACCUCUCUGAAGGAAGCAGGAACUCUGGCUUCUAACCGGUUCCUGCGAUCUCCCAGAAUCUAUCACUUCAUCAUCGUACUGUGGUCUGGAAAAAACAGAAGUGCCAUAAAGGCACACGUUUCUGACUCCAGAGCCCAUCACUUCUUUGAUGUAUGUGUCACAAGGUUCCUUGCGAGGCGUUGAGCGGGGAAUUUGAGCUUUCAAAUAUUAGGUUUUCAUCACUUCCCAUUUCUGCUCACCAAACCUGCAGGGGCUCCUUUGGUUUGGUUUUGUGGCUUUGUAUCUAAGUUGAUCAGGCUGGUUUUCCGGGCUCCAGAGUCCUCUUUCACCAUCCCCAGUCUUCCUUCCUGCGUCUGUGGUUUUGAGGCUGCUAUCCUCCUUGGCCAUUGCUUCCCUCCUACAGAAAGGGUUUGCUCCCUGCCUCCCCGUCCUUGCUUUCUUUCCCUUUUCUUACUUAUCUUAACCCUUGAGCACAUGAGCCACACCUGCUAAGAACCAGUCCCAGCAUCCCUGGUACUUGUUAGGGAAGUAACUGAAAAGUAAAUAUGCCUUUGUAGUUGAAAGGAAAAGUGAGAGGCAGAUCCGAUUCCGAAGCAGCCACGGGAGGUACCCAGAGAGCAGAGAAGGGGUUCAAUAUCCUUAUCCGUGCAGUGUGGAUGUUGGAUGAGAUCUGGCCCUGGGCAUUCGUGAGGAUCAUUGUGGAGGAGUUUCAGGUCACCCAAGCCAACUCUCCUCACUGUCAGGGCACCCAGCCUCACUUCCUCUCUUAGGCUCUCUGAGCUGAAGUGAUGUGAGCAGGGUCCGAGUCCAGGUUUCAUCACAAUGUACUGAAACACCUUGUCAUUAUUCAAUAACUAGAUCCCCCACUGGACUGCGUCUUCACUUAAAUAUUUUAUAUAAUAACGAUAGUAAUGGCCCAGGAAUAAGCUGAAUUCAGAGGGAACCAUGUCCCUAACAGCUGUGCUACGCAGUUGUUCCGCCCACCUGCUGUUGACAGGUUGUUAUAUGAGAGGGGAAAAAAGGGUGUGUUUUAAAGCCCUGCUCUCUGAGAUUCCAUCCCGUGAGUUUGGCCUUCACAUAACAAACUUCCUAAUUAUAGAAACUGUUGUUAAGCGCAAGUCCCUAGGCUGGAGGUCUAGGAAGAACCCUGGGUUCUGUAGACAAAGGGCAGGAUCGAGCGUGUGGUCAUUUUGCAAAAAGCAUCAGGGUUGCUGAAGGGCCCAGAGUUUCACUCCCACUCAGCCAGGCAGAUCAAAAAGCUUUCUUCCUAAUUCGAGUUUCAGUGAGUAGGGAAAGGUUGCUACUUAUGUGUUCAGAGCCUUUGGGGCAAAAUAAUUCAGUGUCACCUCACAUGCCUACCUCCUCGCCAGUCCCCCGGGGCAGCCAGGCAGUCUUUUUAUCCUGAAAGCCUCUGGACAACCAGCGUUUCUGAAGGCAAACACAGGACCCUGGAAGAGCCACUCGCUUCUAAACAGUGAGUGAGAAGUUCAAAGAGAGACUGAACAUCUGAAAUGCAACUUCAUUUCCCCCCAGGAGAGAGUUGGCAGCGCUGGGAUAAGACAACUUGAAAACUCUUUCAUCCUUCUUGUUUUGGAAGCCUGCUAAGGCUUUCAGAGUCACAACAAUGAUAAUUGUCACACGAUUGUUCGUGGCCAUGGUAAUUGUAAUAACAGAACAGAGUACUUCCAGCACGUCAGAAAGAUCUACAAAUUCUCUUUUUACUCUCAAACAAUCCACACGGAGUGGAGUCGAUGACGUUACCUACAGACAGUAGGCAGUGUUGAAAGUCAUGUGUAUAACUGCUCUCCGCAGGGGCAGACAAGGACAGUUUGAUUUCAUAGGUCACCCUUCUAGCCUAUCAUCUGUAUUUGAUAGAAGAAAAACACACUUGUCAAUAACUGUAAGGAAAGACAAUUCUGACUGUUCCUGAAUAAAAUAUACCUUACCACUUACCAUUUGCUUUGACGAUGAAAUGGUAGCUGUCAUCAUUAUUAUUUUUAUACAAUUAGAUUGUUACACUAUACUAAGUAAACAACUGAAGACAGUUUUCCACAUAUUAUUGUUAAGGGUUUACCAUAUAUCUUAAACCUAUAAAGCAGUCUGUCAGAAAGAUGAAACAUACUUACAGAAAAAGAUAAUCAGAAGACAUUAUCUGAAAAUUAGCCAAGGAAGGAAUAAUCAUUAAACAUUUGAAAACAUUUCUUUCUCACUAAAUGGAGAAACGAUGUGCUGU